UAUAAAAAUUAAUCCCUGAACAGAGAACAACGCGACCAGCACAGAGUUUCUAAAUGGUGCCUUCAAGGCACCUGGGAAAAAUACGAGGUCAAAUCAUGACGUCAGUGAUCUUCAGGUCGGAGGUCUCGAAAGAGGCCCAAGUUGGAAUUCUGAUUUGGAUGUCCGUUCAAAACGAUUUUCCCCAGUCGGAGCUCGGUUUGUUUUCGAGUUACCAGUUGUCUUGAAAGCACUGAAGUCGGCCAUUUCCGAGUUGUUUUGGACGCGUCAUAAAUACUAACAGUAUGGCGCCUCAGUGUUAACGUUCUGAAUUUUCGCCAUCGUUGACGUCUUUUGUACGUUUCGAAGUUCUCUCAGUUUGUGUGGUCAGUAAGUUUACCGACUUUCAAACAACACUUUAUGUUUUACUACAAGAACCUGAAGAGUACUGCAAACAAAUAUAUACAAUCUGAUCCACUUAAAGCUUGACGGACGACAAUCUAUGCAGAGUCCAGAUUGGAGAGGGAAUACAUUGGUGGUGCCCGUCGUCAAAAGCUAAAAUGAUCACCAGACGAAGAGGUCAUUCAGACAACACCGCUGUGGAGGAGCACACCUCAAAUUGUCCUUUUGAAAUUGAAGUCCCUGACUUUGUUGAAACUAUACAUUUUAAAACGAGUCCCUACGAAGACAUGAGCUCAGAGAAUGGGGAUAGUACAGUCGGAUUAGAGCUUGAUGGUUUAUUUGGAAUCGACAAGUUAGACUGGACAUAUGAGAAGGAUGCUGUCUCCCCUCUUUUUGACAUUGGAUUGACCGAAUUAGGUGUGGGUGACACAACAGAUCAAGAUUUUGGAAUUGGCACGUCCAGGACACCAUCGCCAGAAGGAAUGUCUGCAGGUCAGAAAAGGAAGAGGAGAGAGAACCUGUCUGGGCGCAUCAUCAACAAGAACGCCAUCGCUGCAAGAAUGAAUCGUCUGAAAAAGAAGGAAUACGUCAACGGGCUGGAGAAUAAAGUCGGCUCUCUGUCGUCAGAAAACCACAUACUUAAACAGGAAAACGUCCAAUUGAAUAAGAGGGUGGAGGAGUUGGAAGAUGAGUCGAGGUACCUGAGAGCUGUGUUGGCCAACGAGAGUAUGUUAGCCCAGCUGUUGUCAAGGCUGAGCGGUGUGAAUGGCAUGAAAUUAUCUUCCUCACUUUUCCAGGAGUCCAACAAGAACGAAGACCACGAUUAUGCCUUGCCAAGGAAACUUGUGAAGACUGAGAAGGAGACCUCUGGUGGCGUCUGUCUGCACGUGGACAAGAACCACGUCUCAGUGGAGUUCUGCACUAAGUGUGCAGAGAGUGCAAGCGCAUCAUUCAAAAUGUAGGGUUGAGUACUUUUAUCUGUUUUCAGAUGUUGAGACUGAACCUGAUUUAACCUCAGAGUAAAAAAUAUCAGGAGAAUUUAUGAACACUUAACUAUUUUGAGAUCAUUAAUUAAGAAUUGUUGAAUGAGCAUGUGUGAAAUCUUAUGAAACCAAUGAUUAUAAGAACACAUUACUCGUUAAACCUUGUUGCCAGUUUUCUUCUAGGUGAUGAUUGUUCAACCAUGCUGGAUGAAUGGGUACAGAACAUCCCUGUCUGCUUGGCUCCAUGUGGAUUCUGCUGUCGGAAGCUGAAGAGGUGGAUCUCGCUGCUGCCAACUUGGCCUGUUAUUUUUUUAAAGGUAGUAUAACAAAUAGUGUAAGUGACUACAUGUUACCAGUAUCCCACCACACCUUUGAAAAAAGUAGUGAAUUUAGAAUAUUGUGGAUGACAAGUGUUCCUAUAAGUGUUCCUACCUAUUGCAUUGACAAUAUCAGAGGUCGUAUAAUAGUUUCUUCACAAGUUUAACUUGACUUGUGUUGACACUUUUCAAUGUAACACAUUUGUAAAAGUACAUUUUAUUAUUGAUGUGGUGAUCCUGAUAGAAAUGGACUUCACCAAUGUUGUAUAAACUGAGUCAGUAUGUCUUGAAGAUUUUGUGCCAAUCUCUAAACGAGAGAAUAUUUUUUAAAGGAAGAUUGGUUUUGAUAAAGUAAUUGACAAUAAAUCUUAUUUUGAUUAUGCAUGCUUCAGUUAUGUAUUUUAUCUUGACUGUUGCUGUAUGUAGUUGAUAUUAACCUUAUUUUCUCUUUUCAAACAGCAAGCUUUUUCUGCAGACAAAGAUCUAUCAAUUCCUCAACAAAAUGGGGGAUUGUUAAUGGUUCCCAAACACGUGAGGCUUCAUUUGAGCAGAGACCUCAUAUUGUAUAUGCAUACACUUAUUCAUCUGGUGUACUUGUUUUUGACAUAAUGCUGCUGCAUUUAGGUAUAAUGUAAUAGUUCACUCUCUUAAAUUGGCUUCGGUUGUUCUCAGAUCUCAAAAUUAGUCUGACUGAAUAAGUUCAUGUCUAGCUAUAUGCCUGAAGCACAAAUCUAUAUAGAAAAUACAUGUGCUGUUCAAAAUGAUAAAUACAAGUCAUUUUGGAUAUCUUUCCCAUUUUUAAUUUGGAGUUGUGGCAUAUAGUAGGAUUUACACACCUGGUAGCGUAGGCCAUUGACUCUUUUUGACAGACCACUUGAGGUCUGAAUGUUCAACAAAUAAUGUAAGGAACUGUCACUCAUACGUUUGUCGAGCUGGAUGGCAUGCCAUGUCCUUAAAACAAGUCAAAAUGAGGCUCAGUAGUGUGUGUGGCCUCCACGUGCCUGUAUGACCUCCCUACAACGCCUGGGCAUGCUCCUGAUGAGGUGGCGGAUGGUCUCCUGAGGGAUCUCCUCCCAGACCUGGACUAAAGCAUCCGCCAACUCCUGGACAGUCUGUGGUGCAACGUGGCGUUAGUGGAUGGCCUUCCUCUUGCAGGAACUGCUGACACACUCCAGCCACAUUGAGGUCUAGCAUUGUCUUGCAUUAGGAGGAACCCAGGGCCAACUGCACCAGCAUAUGGUGUCACAAGGUGUCUGAGGAUCUCAUCUCGGUACCUAAUGGCAGUCAGGCUACCUCUGGCGAGCACAUGGAGGGCUGUGCGGCCCCCCAAAGAAAUGCUACCCCACACCAUGACUGACCCACCGCCAAACCGGUCAUGCUGGAGGAUGUUGCAGGCAGCAGAACGUUCUCCACGGCGUCUCCAGACUGUCACGUCUAUCACGUGCUCAGUGUGAACCUGCUUUCAUCUGUGAAGAGCACGGGGCGCCAGUGGUGAAUUUGCCAAUCGUGGUGUUCUCUGGCAAAUGCCAAACGUCCUGCACGGUGUUGGGCUGGAAGCACGGUGUUGGGCUGUAAGCACAACCCCCACCUGUGGACGUCGGGCCCUCGUACCACCCUCAUGGAGUCUGUUUCUGACCGUUUGAGCAGACACAUGCACAUUUGUGGCCUGCUGGAGGUCAUUUUGCAGGGCUCUGGCAGUGCUCCUCCUGCUCCUCCUUGCACAAAGGCGGAGGUAUCGGUCCUGCUGUUGGGUUGUUGCCCUCCUACAGCCUCCUCCACGUCUCCUGAUGUACUGGCCUGUCUCCUGGUAGCGCCUCCAUGCUCUGGACACUACGCUGACACACAGCAGACCUUCUUGCUACAGCUCGCAUUGAUGGUCCAUCCUGGAUGAGCUGCACUACCUGAGCCACUUGUGUGGGUUGUAGACUCUGUCUCAUGCUACCACUAGAGUGAACGCACCGCCAGCAUUCAAAAGUGACCAAAACAUCAGCCAGGAAGCAUAGGAAUUGAGAAGUGGUCUGUGGUCACCACCUGCAGAACCACUCCUUUAUUGGGGGUGUCUUGCUAAUUGCCUAUCAUUUCCACCUGUUGUCUAUUCCAUUUGCACAACAGCAUGUGAAAUGUAUUGUCAAUCAGUGUUGCUUCCUAAGUGGACAGUUGUCAAAAUACAUUUUGAUUUCAAAUGUGUGAUAUGCCAAGUUAAAAAAUUUCAAAAUGCAGAACUGUUUUACAAGCUGAUAGUCACUUAAUUCUAAUGGAAAUUAAAGUGUGCAUUAAGGUAUAACAUAUGUUCUGUGCCUUAAAGUAUUCAUACCCUUUGGCAGCGAUUACAGCUGAGCCUUUCUGGUUAUGUCUCUAAGAGCUUUCCACACCUGGAUUGUGCAACAUGUUCCCAUUUAAAAAAAUAUAUAUAUUCUUUUAAAUUCUCCAAGCACUGUCAAAUUGGUUGUUGAUCAUUGCUAGACAACCAUCUUCAGGUUUUGCUGUAGUUUUGACUUAGAUUUCACUCAGCCACUCCGGAACAUUCAAUGUCUUCUCGCUAAGCAACUUGUGUAGAUUUGGCCUGGUUUUUUUUUUUAGGUUGUCCUUCUGAAUGUGAAUUUGUCUCCCAGGAAAGCAGAUUGAACCAAGUUUUCUCAAGCAUUUUGUCUGUGCUUAGAAAUGGAAUGGAGCUUUUUUUUUUUUUUUUUUAUUUUUGUUUUAUUAUCCUGGCAGAACUCUGCAGUCCAUAACAAUUACAAGCAUAUCUAUAACAUGAUGCAGCCACCACUAUGCUUAAAUACAGAGUGGUAGUCAGUUGUAUUGGACUUGCCCAAAACAUAACUGUACUCAUGACAAAGUGAAUUGUUUUGUCACAUUUUUUGCAGUAUUGCUUUAGUGCCUUGUUGCGAACAGGAUGCAUGUUUUGGAAUAUUUUUAAAUUCUGUACAGGCUUCCUUUUCCACUGUCAUUUAAAUCAUAAGGUUGUAUUAGUCACAUACAUGUUUAGCAGAUAUUGUUGGUGUAGCGAAAUGGUUGUGCUUCUAGUUCAACAGUGCAGCAAUAUCUAACAAUUUCACAACAUAUACCCAAUACACACAUCUAAGGAAGGAAUGUUAUUAAAUAUAUGGAUGAGCAGCAUAGACUAAGGUACUGUAUUCUAUACUAUUCUACUGUAUAUGAGAUGAGUAAUGCAAACAUUAGUGACAAGUGUUCCUUUUUUGAAAGUUAGUAUUGUGCAGUAACUACAAUGUUGUUGAUCCAUCCUCAGUUUUCGCCUAUCGCAGCCAUUAAACUUUUUUCAAGUCAC